CGAUUACCGAAGGGGGGCAGCGAAUCUUCCGAUCUCCACGCCGCCGCGAGGAACGGGGACCUCACCACGGUCGAGUCCAUCUGCAACGCUAAUCCCCUCGCCGUCAAUGCUCGAGAUCGCCAUUCCCGGACACCUACGAAAUUGAGUCUUCAUCUGGCUGCUUGGUUUGGGCAGACAGAGGUAGUAAGAUUUCUCUACAAGAAUAACGCCGACAUUGGAGCUGCUGCUGCUAUGGGUGAUACGGCUGCGAUCCAUAUUGCUGCUCAGAAAGGUCAUCUAGAGAUAAUUAGGAUCCUAUUAUCCUCUGAUGUCUCUGUCAAGGCCUGCUAACUUGAAAGGUUUGACCCCUCUGCACUAUGCCGUCCAAGGAUCUCAUCCAGAGCUCAUCGAGUAUCUCAUUAAAAAAGGUGCAAGCCUCACCGCCACGACAAAGGCCUAGCAAACACCUAUUGACCUUGUGAGCACCGAGGAAGUCUGUGCCCUUCUCGUUGAGUGCAAACAGCCUAUGACCAAAGAUGAUAAAUCUACUACGAUCAAGGAGGUUGGUGACUCGGUUUCAACGGAUAAUAUUAUAGAAGACAAUGGAGUCUCCAUCCCUGAAGAGUCAGCUAAUGUCGAUGAAGAAGGCACGGACACUAAGGAAAAGAGAAGAGGUGAAGCAGCUGCUGAUGAGGACUCGUCAAAACAUUAAAAGUCUUAAUGUUUCCCUUGAUCACCUUCUGUUUGAAAAAUGAAGUACAAGAUGAGGAUGAAGAAUAGGAUUCGGAUACGAAAGACAACGAUCAUGUAAGGGCAGCUCUAGUGUUGAAGCUCUAACAUUUUAUUGGUAACUUUAUGUGUUGUUUUCUGGGACUUUAUGUGUUGAUCUAUAAGGUGUUUUUUGUUAGCAAAUGUUGCACAUCUUUAUUCUUUGUUUCUUCAUUAUAUCUGAAGCAUGCUUUUGCAGUGGGUGACGGAAAUGUUCUCACAUUUUCAAAUCAGUUUUCUCAUGAACUUCUCAUCUUUGUACCGUAUGUUGAACUUACGGAAUGGUCUGGACGAGUGGAGAGUCGAAGAAUCUUGUUCUCUUUUGUUGUAGGUGGUCCUUCGAACUGCAAGUUUGGUCACUACAAAUCGAUGGUCUCUUCUUCCCAGUUUGCGUAGGUCUUGCAGGUUAAGAUGGCGUUCGAAUUCAUGAGCACCUAACUUGACAUACUUUCGGCGACGAGUAAAUUUGAUAUCUUCAAUUUAUUUGCAAGUUCUGUACAAAAAAUUGGCAGUGUGUGGAAAUGACUCUUCACAAGGAUUAAUUACUCAGGAAAUCCAUAGCCCAUCAUCUUUUCUCUAAUCCUUUUAAUUUUUGACUUGAAGUAGUGUUAGUUAGCUCAACAUCUCUAAACCUUGAUUGCAACCUCACAUGAUUGAUUGGCUCCCACGAAGGCCAUGGUGCCUUCCACUCACCUUGCUGAAGCUUCAUAUUUCUGAAUUGUAGAUCUGAGUCAAUUACGAUGGAAUUAUGAUCGUUAAUUAUAAUUCGGUGAUCAAUUGGGAGAAGCGACUCCAAAGUCGGUGCUAAGCUUGAUGGGCACGAAUGGGUUGAUGUUUUACCAUCUCAAGAGUCAUCUUCAGAAGUACAGACUCGGAAAGCAAACCAGAAGGGAGACAAGCCAGGAAGCAAAGAAAAAUGGAAGCAAUUCAAGCAAGACUAAUUGUUCCUCUACCACCAACAGUGACGUCUCUAGAACAGACGGUGUCGGAGAAAUACUUCUUGGAGAGGCGUUGCGCUAUCAGAUCGAAGUGCAGAGGAAACUACAGGAGCAACUCGUGGUACAGAAGAAAUUGCAAAUGAGAAUCGAGGCUCUGGGGAAGUGCUUGUAAGCAAUACGGGAGAAAGCUCAGAAGAUCUUUGUUUCGACAGAAGCCACCAGAGCCCAGCUUACGGAUUUCGACCUGCCACUAUCAGGCUUGACGGAGAACGUCGGUCGGGUUUGCGAAGAGAAGCACUCGGAGCUGAGAGAAGUGCGGUAAGAGGAAAACAUCAAGAAGAGGAACGAUUCAGAGUUUCAACUUUUUCAGGAAGGUAGAGAUGAGGCCGAGGACAGUUCUCUUCUUCUGCUGGAUUUGAAUGUGAAAGGAAGCAGAGGUGAGAUGGUUGGUGGAUCAAGAGGAAACGACUUGGAUCUCAGAAUCCAAACGCAGGGGUUGUAAACCAGCUUUGACUGUCGAUUCUGCACUUGCAGACACAUCCGAUGCUGUCAUUGUGCGCAUCGAGUUGAUAUCGAAUCUAUGUUUCUUUCCUACAGCGUAAAUCUUUAUACUUCGGUUUGUUGAA